AUGAAAAUUUUAAUAGCUGGCGGUGAUGGUUAUUGUGGUUGGGCAUCAGCUCUUUAUUUAUCUGCUCGAGAUCAUGAUGUGACGAUAAUUGACAAUUUUAUCCGUCGAAAGUGGGAUAAUGAACAUGAUUUAAACUCACUUGUACCCAUUUUUACACUUGAUGAACGUGUUAAAGAAUGGAAUCGUUUAACUGGAAAAACAAUUCAUAUUAUUAAUAUUGAUGUUACUAACUAUUCAGCAUUAUGUGAAAUAAUUAAUUGUGAAACUAAAUUCGAUGCAUUAGUUCAUUUUGCUCAACAACGUUCAGCACCAUUUUCCAUGAUUAAUUGUGAUCAUGCUAUUCGUACUCAUAUAAAUAAUACUGUUGGAAAUAUGAAUAUUUUAUGGGCAUUACAUGAAUAUUCACCAAACACUCAUCUAGUUAAAUUAGGUACAAUGGGUGAAUAUGGUACACCUAAUAUUGAUAUUGAAGAAGGUUUUAUUACUAUUGAACAUAAUGGACGUUCAGAUCGAUUACCAUAUCCAAAACAACCAGGAUCUUUUUAUCAUUUAACAAAAGUUAGCGAUAGUGAUCAAAUCAUAUUUGCAUGCCGAACAUGGAAUUUACGAGCAACAGAUUUAAAUCAAGGUAUUGUCUACGGUUAUAAUACUGAUGAAAUUGAUUUAUCUCCAGUAUUGGCUAAUCGUUUUGAUUAUGAUCAUAUAUUUGGUACUGUUCUUAAUCGUUUUUGUAUUCAAGUUGCACUAGGUUAUCCAUUAACCGUACACGGCGAGGGGGGUCAAACAAGAUCAUUCAUUGAUAUUCGUGAUACAGUCAAAUGUAUUGAAAUUGCAUGUCAAACACCAGCUAAACCUGGCGAAUAUCGUGUAUUUAAUCAAUUUACAGAAAUGUUUUCUGUUUUGGAAUUAGCGAAAUUAGUCAAACAAGUAUCAGAAAAUAUAAUGAAUAUUCCAUGUGAAAUUUCACAUUUAAAGAAUCCACGUACAGAAAAAGAAGUUCAUUAUUAUAAUUGUAUCAAUACAAAUCUCCGUUCGUUAGGUUUACAACCAACAUUAUUAUCAAAUGAAACUAUCGUAUCACUGAUUCAAUUAGCAAAAAAAUAUACAAAUCAAGUCAAUUUAAAAUUAAUUCCGCCACAAAUACAAUGGAAAUCAGAAAAUGAACAAAUAUCAGCAGCGAAACAGAAUCAUGAAUAA